GCUAUUUGCGUCCGCCUCCCUCCUCCUCGCUUUAGCUGAUACAGAUGUGGGCUGUUUAUUAAAGUUAGGCAACAGGAAAUACCCCAAACCUUUAGGGGCCUCGGCAUGAGCGGGAGAAAAUGGAGGGAAUGGAGAGCAGUGACCGUCUCUAUAUGGUCACAGAGCAAAAACCCACCCUGACAAGGAAAAUGUGAGACGCUUGGACUGCGAGAGUUAGCGGCGCACAGGGCGGCGAGAUCUAGAGAGACAGAAAAGGAAAGAGCAGAGAAGGAACGGGUCCACAUUUGGCCCCUCUUGCCAUCCUCUUUUCCUCUCAGGAAACACAUCCUGUUGCUGGCCGACUGCGCCGGCCAAUAUGUUUAUUGCACAGGAGAGAGGACUUUGGCGAACGCCCCCUGGGCCCCAGACAAAAGAAUACACAACAGUGACGUCUGCGAGGGGGUCUUUGGGACAUUCUCUCACACACAAACACACACACACACACACACACACACAUUUAAAGUGAUCAUGAAGCAGGGAGCUGUCCGUCUGAAGCUUUCCACAGUUGGGAACUGAUGUCUUGGAUUAUGACGAAAAAGCAACCCCCCCCAAUAUUUCAACUCUGACCUGAGGAAUUUGCAGAGCAUCAGUGUUUUGGGGGCGGGUGGGAUAGACAGACAGGAGCAGAAGGGGGUGGUUUAAAGAACUUCUGCUUCAAGCCAGGCGGAGUGGGAGUUUCAAAUUGAGAGGCCGUCUUGGUUGAGCCCCACUGACGAGUCGGCUCGCAGCAACGCCGCUGUGUUUUUUUGCAUUUGCACUCCUCCGAAGGCAAUGUGAAGUGCUGAAGGAAAAAAAGAGAAAGAGAACUACUGCCUUCACAGAGAAUCCAGCUGCAGACACACACAGAAGUCAGAGCAGUGCAAGCAAGCAACGCACUGAAGUAGGAAGACUACGCGAAAACGCAAAAAAAGGGAAAUAAAGCGUCUGAAUCAGAAUCAGUCCAGGAGCGAGAUCAAAGAGUCAACCUGCAGCCAGCCGGAGCAAGUGGAAUGGACCAAGGUACCAGUUGGAUCGAUCCCAGCGUACCCGCAGCGCUGUCUGAGGAGGAGGGCUGAGGAUCGGCUGCAACAACAACCACCAGGUCCUGAAUGAGGAUGAAUGGAGAUGUUCUUUAGCUAAGCCUCAGGACAACACUCUCGCCGAUUCCCCCUCAGUGUGAGCUGGGACGACACUCGCUAACAGCUGGAGGAGGCGGCGGUGGUGGUGGUGGUGGUGGCGGAGGAGGUGGAGAGGAGCCAGGGGGCCCAGAGCGCCACUGGUGCCGCUUCCCCGGACGAGAGGCCAGGGAGCGGGCAGGACGCUGCCGAGCAUCGGGGGUCGUCGGGGGAGCGCGAGGGGGAGGUGGCGGGCGCCCGGCGCCGCAUGGCCGUGCAGAGGCUCGUGGCGGCGGCGGUGGCAGUGGCCCUGCUGUCACUGGUCCUUAAUAAUGUGGCGGCCUUCACCCCCAGCUGGGUCCUGCAGGCCCUGGACGACGGACGCAAGAGGAGCGUGGGACUAUGGAGGAUGUGUCCCACGGGCGGGGACAGGGGCCGGGACGACGACCAGGCUGGGAAAAGAGGCCAGGGGCCACAGAGGCAGUGUGAAGGCCUGGGAUGGGGCUCCGAUUACGCCGGCUACCAAGAGUCCCGCAGCACGGUCAAACUGCAGUUUGACAUGAUGCGGGCGUGCAACCUGAUGGCCACGGUGGCCUUGACCGCCGGUCAGCUGAUCUUCCUCCUGGGCCUGAUGGAGCUGCCCUUCAUCACGCAGGAGUCACAGUGGUGGGAGGAGGCCAUUGCUGCACUCUUCCAGCUAGCCAGUUUCGUGCUGGUGAUCGGACUGGUGACCUUCUACCGGAUCGGGCCCUACACGCACCUGUCCUACUCCUGCUACUUGGACAUCGCGGCCUGCCUGCUGGCCACGUUGGCCGCGGCGAUGCUCAUCUGGAACAUUCUACAUCGCCGCGAUGACUGUCUCGCGCCUCGAGUCAUCAUCAUCAGCCGCUCGCUGGCGUCCCCUUUCCACCCGCGCCUAGACAACGACUACGUGGAGUCGCCUUGUUGAGCCACGUGACUCCGAGCAGAUGACUGUGGCUCUGCAACAGCUGGACUAACAGUUGUAAAACGUUGUAUUUCACAACUUCUCCCCACAUAGUCCCGUCGGAACUAUAACGCUUCACAAGUCAAAUUGAUGUAUAAAUCAACCCCAAGCUACCAAACGUAUUGUAAAAACGUAUCGGGAUUCACUUAUUCAUGCUCGGGUGAGCUCAUUUAUGGCUAAUUAUGAAAUUUAGACACGAAACGAUCAAGCUGGAACUUGAACAGUUUUCUUAUAUGUGCACUUAUUAAAUGGCCUUCUGCAUAAUCAGAAAUUAUGAGAGAUGUUGAAAAUGUAAUACCAGAAUACCUCAUAUGUGUUUGCAUCCCUUUAAAGCUUGUUACACGUUGAGUACAUAUUAUUAUUAGUGAUAUAUGGUGCAAGUAAAUGAGUAAACCAACAAGGUAAAAGCAGAAGAGCAUGUGGAACCUUGUGAGUGGGCAGAUCCCAAAUCAGUGCCAAUAUUUAAUGUCUAAAAAAAAGGUUAAUGAGAGAUGAUAUAUCAAAUAAAUAAGAACCUACUGAAAUGAGGAAAUAUUC